UGGCGCGGAAUGAAGUUCUGAAACGAAUCUGAGCUACUAGGUUGCCAUCUCCCCCCUGCACGCAAAACAGUAUUUUGCGUUCGUCGUCCCUUGCUUACAAUUGAAGUUUCAAGUUUUUUUCUCCACUUUCCUUCACACCGGGGCUCUAAAUCCCUAAGAUUCUGCGGCCUUAUGUAUGUUUGGGUUUUUUUAUCGUUAGCCAUCGCCCGAGUUUACCGAAUUUGGUCCGAGCAAAAGAAUAGUAAAGGCAUGGUUGGCUUUUGGAAAUGCUCAGUGUGUACAUAUGAAAAUGAUGGCAACUUAUCUUCUUGUUACAUUUGCGGAGUAUUUCAAGACUCAUUUAAUAUGCUUGUAAAUAAAGGUGAAAAUCAAGCACUUGACAUCCUUGAAAAAUCAACAUCUGUAAUGGCAAGAUCAUUAUUUGCGGGAAAGCCUCGUCAGCGUGCAGUAAUUUCCAGCCUUUCAGAUAAUCUUCAGGAUGCAUUCCCGGCUUCAAUUUCUAAGCAUUCUAUUACUAUAGUUCCUUUCAGGUUUGACACCUUAUCCCCGGAUGAUAUUGUUUCAGCAGAAAGAAAGAAACCAAAAGAUCAUCUGGCCACAACAAUGCCCCCUGUUGCUCUGCCGAGUAGCACUGAUGAGAAGAAAAUGGUUAAACUCUGA